ACCUGUAUCACCUUGUUAAACAACUUAUGUUAAAUGACCUUUUUGAAGUAGAAGUCGAACAAAUUCUUAGCCUCUGUCCCCCUUUGCUUUCAUACAAUGUGGAACUUGCAGCUUCGCUUAGCCAAAAAUCACAAUUUUUUUCACAACUUUCUUGUUGACUGGUACUCACUCCUGGAAAAUUGCAGGAGCAAAAGGUGAAUCUGGAGCAUCUGGUAAUUUGUAAUCUGUGGAUACCGUACGACGUUGUAAACCAUGCCCACGAUGCGUUCGGGACUCGAAGUCCUCUCGGAGCUUCAAUCAUACGUGUUAGGCAGAGGACCAGGGGCAAGAGCGGCUAGCGGCGCUACCGCUACCUCUACCAUAUUAAGCUAUGACUCCAUUGCAAAUCCAUUUCUAUGAUCACUACCUUCCGGUUCUACCACUGAUGAACAAUAGGUAGUCCACGACUACGAAGGGACACUACUACUGAUAGUAGCUCUAUAAGGGGACGGGAUUUGAGGAGAGGACAAACUGCUUUAUUUUUUUGUUACAUGGAUCUUCAACCUUCAUCGAUCAUAGCCUUUCUUAUUUUUUCUGUGGAAGUUGUGUCACAGUGAUCCACAUGAAGACCAAUGCUCAAUCUGUAUUCAGCGUCGAGCUCUAAAAAUUUGAUGCGGAUAGCACGAACAAGCGUCAGUGGAGACCGAGGCUGAGGCGACUCGUUGAUACGGUUUCAUCCUUCGUCGAAACCCAGGACGGAUCGAAUGUUACGGCUGGAAAAGAUAACUCAUUUACUCUUUCUCCUUGAUAAGUCAAAAAUGUAGUCCCUUCAGCUUCACAUUCAUAUACACUAGACAAUCGGUAUACGUGCUGAAAGAAUGGACGUAAUACUUACAACAGGACGAGUAGGACUUAGAGAAGAUUUUUCUUCCCUGAGAAACAGAAUGUGACAGUAGAACAGCUCUGGUAUAAGUUCUUCUAUUAGCAAGGAUAGUAAAAUUGAAAAACCUACAAUCUAUCCCAUACUCCAUUAUUUGGAUCUGGACCUCCCCACCAUGAUAGAGUCAGUCUUUCUAGUACCAAGUUGAAUAGUUCGGCAUCUGAUAGACCUGCCUCUAAUAAAUUUCUAACCAGUUGAAAAAUUUCCCUCGACGUCCUACUCCCUUCAACAUAGAAAUGGAUACAAUAAGUUUCAGUAUUUCUACUAAAAACUUGACUUCUCAUGAUCCUACUAAGUCAUCCCAGAAUGACGAAAGCGUAGACUGGAACACAGUUUCGGUGAUGCAGGCGCAUCCCGAGUCUCCUGUGGCGCCCCUAUGCGAGGACGUCGAGGACGAAACUCUGGAAGCAGGCGAUCGAUGUUGGUCCACCUGUCAGGGACAGUGCCCUCAAAACGUGCUAAAGCCAGGUAAUUAGUUAUAACUUCACUUGUCAGGGACAGAGCCCUCAAAACGUAUUGAAGCCAGGUAGUUCAUCAAACUUGCUCUUAUAUUUGGUUUCACAUUUUUACUUACAUUUUUUUUUUGAAAGCUGCAAAGCUCCUUAUUCUUCUAUUAUAGGGUAGACAUUUUUGAAGUUCCAAAGCGUGCUGCAUGUCCUUUGACUUCGAUAGUACUCCCACACCAGCAUCAGCAUUAUAGUUGUUGUCUUUGGAAGAAGACAAUAGAUAUGAAUUAAAUCGAUGUCAUCAGGUCUGGUGUUCGAUUUUGACGAGGUCCGGCCCGGUCAUCCCGGUUGUGUGAGUCAUUUCGAGUGCGUCGGCAACUAUGACCGGGUGCUCUGCCACGCGUUGGAUGGCGUCCAGGCAGCGUCGUUUCUUCCACCCGUUGCCUCCGAAAAUGUUAUGGGUCGGCGUAUGUCCAUGCACUUAAUUCAAGGUGCUAUACCCGUGAGUGGGUACAUCAAUCAGUCAAUCAACCAAUCAAUCUGGGUUAAAGAUUAGUCCAAGUCUCCUGUUUGCAGGGCUGUGUCGACUAAACAACCAUCACUCUACUCCACAUGCAUUAUCUGGCGUGUGGUAUCCUGAGAACAAGAAACCUUAGACAGAAGACCACCCUCCAACUAUGGUUAAUAUUUAUAGGUAUUAUAAGCUAUUUUUUCCGUCAUUCAUGGUCUACCUAAGUAGGUGUAUCCCUACAUGCAAUAAAGAUAAGCUAUUUUUAGCUCUAAAGCGGGGUCUUCUCUCCUGUCCGGGAUCGCAGUUCUGCAAAGCCAUCUGCUGGAGCGGAAGAAAAAACACAACAGGAGGAAAAUAGCACUUUUUCACUCAGAGGAGUGGAAGGAAGCGGACUAUAAUCACGACGCUUCACGUCCACAACGCCACAAAGGAAAGGCCAUUUGCCAUCUAUCCAGGAGAAGUGACGAGGAACUUUUUUUUUGAGUUAACUGUUUCGUGAUUUAUUUUGAGGCUUCUAUGUUGAGUAUGAUCCCACUUGGCGCGUAUCAAAGGUGCCCUUCCCACUUGGCGCGUAUCAAAGGUGGCCUUCCCACUUGGCGUAUCAGAGGUGGAAUUCCCACGUCGCGUAUGAAAGUCGGCCUAUAGUACGUGGCAACACUGAGUUCUUACAUCGAUUAUUUUUUCUGGUGGCUCGAUUGAUACAAUGAUUCCUGGCGCUAUGCUGCCUCAUCAAAGGAUUACUCAUGACGCCCAUCGCGGGAUACAAUUGAUCAUGAGGCACUUUGAUUUUGAGUUAACUGUUUCGUGAUUUAUUUUGAGGCUUCUACUCAGUAGAGAAUUGUUCAAAGAAAAAUU